GACGCUCGUCCCGGCGACACUCUUGUGUUCAACGUGGGCGACGACCUCGCUGUUCUCGCGUGGAAGGACUCGAUCGAGUGCCGUUUCCUGGCAACCUGGUCUCGUCUUCCAGACUCAACGACGUCGCGCAAGCGAAAGCGCACCUCUGCAGCAGCUGCUCGUCAUCACCACCUUCCCCAGCGAGCCGCUCUGCGACGCAACUGCCUCGCCUGCCGGAAGCUUCAUGGUAAGCGAUCGCGGCCGCGGACCUUUGCGCCGCGCGCGGCGUCCAUCUCUGCAUCGCCGACUGUUUUCUGCUGUAUCCCACCAGUGGCCACAGCAGCCAUUCCCUGGCUGAUGAUCAGACCGGUAGCUGUAUGCAGUGGGUUGACUGACCACGAUCAAGUCAUAGCCGGGAAGUAGAGAUGGCAUCUCAGCCGCAGGUACAGCUGACUCCACCUGUCAUCACCGUAGCCGUGCCACCACCACCACCACCACCAUCACCAGCACCACCAUCACCAGCACCACCAGUGCAACCGGCCAGCCUUUCUUUCACCUCUCUCUGACCCUUUUGACAUGUCCUCCACCGACGUAAAGGGUUCGGGCGCAUGCGUGUUUGUACCGUACGAGGAGGACACACCCGAGUUCCGGGAGCGAGUCAAGGCUGCAGAGACGAAUGUGGAUGACUACAAGAAGCGGGUCAAGAAGAUCGCGGAUAGGGCCAAGAACGUGCAAAAGGCGUCGGCGUCGCUGGUCGACUCGAUGGGCUCGCUGGUUGACGAGCUGAUGCAGCUGUCGAUGCUGGAUGCAGUGUACAAGCCUGGAAACGACCCGUUCUCCAAGGGUGUGGCUGACCUGGUGGCGGUACUCAACACGGUCAACACGCUCCAGCAGAACUGGCAGAACACCAUCGGGGCGACGCUGGUACAGCCGCUGGAGGAUCUGGGCAAGACCGGGUUCAAAAAGUACGAAGACUCGAAGAAGGCGUACCGCAAGGCCAUUUCCAAGCACGAAUCAGCCUUUUCCAAGCUGCUCUCGGUCAAGGAGGCGACGACGGCCGAAGACAAGCUGGAGAUGCAAAAGACUGCCGACUCUGCCGUGGUGGCGCUGCAGAGCGGGACGCUGGACCAUCUGGAGGCAAUCAACGAGCUCGACUCGAAGAAACUGAUGGUUGUGCUUGACCGGCUCCGCGCGUUCACCGACGUCACCGCGCAGCUGUUUGUGGCGGGCUCCGAAGCGCUAGUGACGGUCAAGCCGACGCUCCGCGACAUCCAGACCAAGGUCAUCGAGCGGCGGCGAGUGCUCAACUCGGAGGACCGCGACCUGUUUGUGGCGGCACGGGCUCAGGUCAACACGGCCAAGCGUGAGCAGGCCAUGGCCACGCACGAGCUGGAAAUGGAGCUGCGAGCCGCGCAGCCGAUGACCGAGCUCGAGCGUGAAGAGCUCAACAUUGUGCCGGGCCCGCUCUCACCGUUUGCCCGCGAAAAGGUUGGCUGGAUCUACAAGAAAGCCGGCAAGCGCAUGAUCACAAAGUGGGACAAGCGGUUUGCCAUCCUCCGCAACGGUAUCUUCCGCCUCUACCGCACGCUGCAGAGCGACGUCAGCGAGCCGUCGACCGAGCUCAACGUCAUGGUGGCCAACGUCAAGCCGCUGCCGGAGCAGUCGUCGUCGCGGCCCAACGUGUUCCAGAUGGUGGGCGUCGAGCGGACGUACUAUCUGCAGGCCGAGGACGAGGAGCAGAUGAACGAGUGGCUUAACGUCAUCCAAAACGCUACGGCUUACGCGCUGGCAACCGCCGAGUCGGCGGCGUCGAGCUCAGCCAAGGCCAACUCGGUCCAUCCGCUCAAGGAGGACUUGCUUGGCGUUGAUGAGCUCGAGAAGGCGCUCUUUGCCCUCUGGGACACGCCGGGCAACGAGACAUGUUGUGACUGCUUUGCACCCCGUCCGCAGUGGGUCUCGAUCAAUCUCGGCUGCCUCAUUUGCAUCGAGUGCUCGGGCCACCACCGCAACCUCGGCGUCCACAUCUCCAAGGUCCGCUCGUUCCGACUCGACGAUUGGGACGCCACCGUCAUGGCAUACUUGCAGAACAUGGGCAACGUCCGCGUCAACUCGGUCUAUGAGGCCGACCAGGCCCGCGUGGUCCGCUACCGGCCCAAGGACGAGACCAACGCGCUCAUGCGAGAAGCGUACAUCAAGAAAAAGUACGAGCAGCGGUUCCUCGUUGCCCGCGCCGACGAUCCCGACGCCGAAGCGCCAAACUCCGAUCGGGCGGGCCUCUUGCUCUUCAACGCCGCUGUCCGCGGCGAUCCGGUCGCCAUCCUCCUCGAACUCGCCCGCGGCGCAGACAUCAACUGGGUCUCGCUCGAGUCGUCAUCGUACACCCCACUCCACGCUUCCGUGUCGCACGGCCACAUCCAUGCCUCGACCUGCCUCGUCCUCAACACGGCCGACACCAACAAGGCCGAUCUCUACGGCAAGACCCCGCUGCACAUUGCCGCCGCCGCCAACCGCGGUGAACUCCUCCGCUUACUGCUCAAGAACGACGCAGACCCUAAGGUGACCGAUGUGCAGGGUAUGACGCCUCUCGACCAUGCCAACCUUGCCGGGGCUGAGGAGACGGCUGCCUUCCUCACCCGCCUCGAGGCACCGUACCAGUACGAGUUCAUUCCUGGCGGCUCUGGCCAGGGCUACGACCAGCCGUUCCGUCCGCAGCCUCUGGCCCGGGUCGACGACCCGCUGCCGCCGCCGCCGGUCGCCGCCAGCACCUCACGAACCGACCGCACAAUGUCGGACAACUCGAUUGCAAGCCUCCAGAUCAAGAACCAGGCUGCCGGCAAGCGCCAGCGCCCGCGCUCCAUCGCACUCCAGUCCAACGUCGAUGUUAUUCCGGCCGACGAUGGCACCGCCGGGACCGUCAAGCUGCGCCGCAACUUGCCCUCGCUUCCGCCGCCGUCGCUCAAGCCCAAGCCCAAGGCUUCGCCGUAA